AGGACAAGAUAGACAUGGCAAUCAAUGUUAUUCUACACACCAAAGGAUACACGCUAUUUGAGUGUACCACCUACGUUCACACUUUGGAACUCAAGUACUGUACUCGGCGACCACAGAAGUUGGUGGAUUUUGGAAACCUGGGACGGGGAUUCGAUUUUUGGAGCUGGAUUUCAAUCUUUGUGUGUCUUUCUCUUUUCUCCACAACUUUUGCCGUGAUCUUUUACGUUUACAAGGCAAAUAUUGGACACAAACAUAUGUACAAAGAUCCUGGUAACCCUGUCGAUUUUUUCCUUUUGACCUUCACCGCCAUCGUUGAGCCUGAUCCCCUGGUCUGGUUUCCUUCUUGGUCGUCAGGAAGAAUGCUGUUCCUUUUGUGGUCUGUUUUUGCAUUCUUCAUGACUGGUUUCUUCAACUCGAACUUGAGGAGCAAUCUGAUUGCCCCAUCAUUAGAACCCGCCAUUGAAACUAUGGAAGAUUUUCUCAGUAGUGGCCGAGAACUUUUCGUACUGGACAUGCUCGGAUUUUUGCUCUUGCAGAAAUCUGGCACGAGCUUUCAACGAUUUUUGGACUACGUGGAUGACAAUCCCUCGUCAAUUUAUACACUCAACGACGACCUAGAUGCAGUGACGGAAAAAAUCAUGUCUGGAGGAGGGGUUAUCAUUUGUCCAACGGACGCUGAGAUGACUAACUAUCUAAUAGAUCCGAUCAACAACGGGUUACCCAAUCGAUAUUUUUCCAAGGAGUCCUUAUUCACCGGGUUUACGGCCAACAGGUUUCGAAGAUAUUCACCCUACGUGCCUCAUAUGAAUGCGCUGAUUGAACGUUAUGUGGCAUCAGGCCUCAAUCAAAAGGCCUUGUAUGAGAAAUUACCUUUGGUUGCUCUGCCUGGGCAAUUCAAACCAGAUCAGAACAAAAACGAGAUACGGAUGAGCUUGGAUAUGAUGUGGAUGGCCCUCUUUAUUUUGUCCGGAGGAAUCAUGUUAGGAAUGGCGGCCUUUGCAGUUGAAAUAAGAAUGGAUCGGAACGAACAUCGCAAAUCUUGGAUUAGGAUAGAACACUUAUUUGGAAUGAAGUAACAUUUGUUUACCUAUAUUCUUUAUUCCAGUGCACAGAGUGGUCCACAUGCCUUACAUGAGGUGUAAACCGUGUAAACGGAUAAAUCCAAGUUCAUCUUAGCGUCUUUCUGGCUUCGCAAUAUGAAAAUGAGCUGUUUGAAUGUAUUUGUUGAUGUAAUUGUUAGUAACUCAGAUUAAAAGGCACAUGCCUAAAAAACAUCAUAAUAUCUAUGAAAGGGCAAAUUUGAGAUAAGAUGUGAAUAUAGACCAACAACAGGACUAGUAAACAGCAGGUUGCUCAACAACAACUUAAAAGAUCAUAUCCAACUUUUUUUUCAAGAAGUAAUUACUUGUGCUACUCAUUCUAUCCCUAUGGUUUUGGAGGAUUUUAGCUUUUUACAUGAGUUUUGGCAUUUCAGUUUCUCUACCUGAGUUAGAAGCACAGUAUACAAAAGUUUUCAAGUUGUUUCUCAUUGUUCGAGAAACUAACAAGACUAUUUGUUGAGACAUUUCUUUUAAAAUCUAAACUUUCAACCAAAUUGAGCAUUUAUUUAAAUUUGAAGCCCUUUCCAUUUUCACUCAAACACUAGGUCUUAUCGUCAAUGUGUUAAUUGAGCGUUUUUCAUUGUUGGCUUAUUGCAGAUUGUCAUUGAUACAGACGCCUUCAAA